AUAUCUGUAUGUAUUGAAUUGAAUUUGUAUAUGAAUUUAUUGAUAUUAAUAAGGUCUGGAAUAUGAAUAAGAAAACCCUAAUUUGAGAUAGGGUAUAUAUAUAUAGAUAUAUACACAUGCAUAUAUAGGGGUAUUAAUUGAUUGGAGAGGAAAUUGGGAUUUGAAAUAAUGGAUCUGAAUGUGUGAAAUCGGCCUUGUGGUGAAAAUUCAGGGGCUUUUUUGGGAAAAGUAUAAUUGGGGAUUAGGGUUUGAUUGAAUAUCUGAAAUAUGUCGAAAAAGGAUAUGUUUCCUGAUGCGUAUUCCGGUGGAUUUCCUCCAAAUGAUGAAUCGGAAGGAUCUGGUUGUUCUGGCCGUGUCGAUAUGGAUGUUUCUGGUUAUGGGGAGUCAAGUGGGUAUAAGAAAAAAUGGAUAAAGUUGAGUUCUGCAUUGCAUGAUGGAUUUGGUGUGCCAGUACAUGUUGUGCCAUUAACGAAGAUGUCGAGUACGGAGAAGAAGAAUUGGUUGUUUCGAUUGAGAGGUGAGCUUGAUCAACUUAGGACGUUUCAGAAGAGAGUGGAUGUCGAUAAGGGUCAGUCUCAGGCUCAAGUUGUUGCAAUGUCAUCUUCUAAUGACAUUUUUAGCUCCAGUAAUGUUCAAACUGUGCGCCAAACGAAUGCGAAGAGAUCUGGUGGUCCUGGGAAGAGAAUUGACCAGAAGGGCCAAAAGGCAAAUCGUGGUGUUAUGGGGAGGUUUCAAUCUGUUGGCCAGUCUACUCCAGCAGGGGCUUUUAGUCCGAUAUUGAAGAAGCAAUGUGAUGGCUUGUUGAAGAAGUUGAUGACUCAUCCACAUGGUUGGGUAUUUAAUAACCCUGUCGAUGUUGUUACUUUGAAAAUACCGGAUUAUUUUGAUGUAAUAAAGAAUCCAAUGGAUUUUGGGACGAUAAAAGAAAAACUCAGCUCGGGGAAAUAUUCAAGUCCGCUUGAAUUUCUAGCUGAUGUCAGACUUACCUUCUCCAAUGCCAUGACCUAUAAUCCGCCAGGCAAUGAUGUUCAUGUCAUGGCAGAUGUACUUAGUAAAUUUUUUGAGCUAAGAUGGAAGCCCAUUGAAAAGAAACUCCCUGUGAAUAGUUCUCAACAACCUCCGCUUCAUGAAGAGAUUGAUUUGCUUAAGCCAGCCCCCCCUUCAAAGAAGAGAAAAAUAGCCACAAUACAACAAGAAGCAUUGCCAGAGCCAGUUAAGGUGGUGAUGAGCAAUGAAGAAAAGCAUAUUUUAAGUAGGGAGUUGGAAGAUCAUCUAGCAGAUUUGCCUGAUAAGAUCAUUGACUUUUUGAGAGAACACAGCUCGAAUGGGAAUGAAGGGGAAGAGGAUGAAAUUGAAAUUGAUAUAGAUGAUCUCAACGACGAUACCUUGUUUAAAUUACGCAAGAUGUUGGAUGAUCAUAUACGAGAUCAACAAAAUCUUGGAAAGGCAGAACCUUGUGUCAUUGAGCUGCUACAUGAAUCAGGGCUUAGCAACUCAACUAUGCAACUAUAUAGAGGGAAUGAUCCCGUGGAUGAGGAUGUAGAUAUUGGUGGGAAUGAGCCCCCUGUUUCAAGCUAUACUCCAGUUGGACAAGAAAAAGGAGCAAACAAGAAAAGUGACACGGGGAUGAUAUCAAGAACCUCUAGUGAUACUAAUUCUAGAAAUGCAUCUGAAAACGUACAAAAUGAUGAUGUUAAAGCUUCUAGCCCAUUAAAAGUGUCUCAGAAUGAUUUGGAGGACAAGGCUGGCACAAGCGAUCUAAUUGAUAAUCAGUCAGGUAGCGGGCUGGACCAAGUUGAGCACAUGUCCCAACAGAAACCGAGUUCAGUUGAAUCAGAUAGCCAGAAGGAUGAUGGGGAUAGUGCCCCAAACUCGAUGCCAGUUUCGCCUGGAAAGUUGUACCGAGCUGCUCUUCUGAAAAAUCGAUUUGCAGAUACAAUCUUUAAGGCUCGAGAAAAGACGCUUAAUCAGAUUGAGAAGGGGGAUCCUGAGAAGCUGCGCCGUGAGAAGGAGGAACUUGAAAAUCAGAAAAGGAAAGAAAAAGCUCGGUUACAAGCAGCAGCAGAGGCUGCAGAAAAUGCUCGAAGGCGAGCAGAAGCUGAAGCUGCAUUGGAAGUAAAGCGAAAGAGAGACCUUGAAAGGGAAGCAGCUCGGCAGGCAUUAUUGAAGGUGGAAAAGACGGUUGAUAUUGACGAGACUUCGCGUUUCAUUGAGGACCUUGAAAUGUUGAGGACCGUGAAUCCUGAGCAGUUAGUAACUUCAGUAGACGAGACAAUCCCUGAUCAUGGCUCUUUGGAUGCGUUAGGCAGUUUCAAUUUUGGGUCUAGCAAUCCGUUGGAACAACUCGGCUUGUACAUGAAGAGGGACGAACAUGAAGAGGAUGACGGUGAGCUCGAGCUGCCUAGCAUUGUUCCAGGAGGGACCAAGGAGGAAGGAGAAAUUGAUUAAGCUUCAGUUAUGGUGAUUAGAAAGUUAUUAGGAUCUUUUAUGUAUAGAAUGAUUGGUGGCUAGUCAGCCUAUAAUCGGAAAGUGCAAAAAAAAUGAAAAAAAAAAAUUAAAUGAAAAAAAAGCAAGUUAUAGAAUGAUGAUAAAACAUUCAUUUUCAGCUGUGGAUUUGAUUUUUGAUUUCUGCAUAGGUGAAUGAUGGUUUUCUAGUUAUAUUUUGUUUGUUGUAGACUUGUAAUAACUGUAUUAAAACAUAAGUUGAGAAUGUAUCUGUAUCUAACUAUCUACCGCACUGUUUUACAUUAA